AUGGCGAGCCUGGCGUGGAUCGCACUCGGCGCACUUGCCAUUGUAAGGCCCGUGAACUCGGCACCUGCACUCAAGGCCGAUUACAAGGUCCAACAUGAGUUGCCGGAUGUGCCCCGACACUGGCUCAAGACAGUCGAAGCCCCCGCUGAUCACACGAUCACUCUGCACUUCGGUCUGAAGCAGAAGGAUGCCGCGGGGCUCGAGGCGGACUUGCUCGAGAUCUCGGAUCCGCUCAACCCGCGAUAUGGUCAACAUCUUACCAAGCAAGGCGUAGCAGAUUAUGUCAGGCCUAAGCAAAACACGCUCGAUGCUGUCCAUGACUUCCUGGGAGAGCAUGGUCUGCAACGCAACGCGCUCAAGCAUUCCGCAUCCGAGGACUGGAUCACACUCACUUUGCCAGUCUCUACGGCGAGCCGCAUGCUCGAUACGCAGUUCGAUAUCUAUCAUCAUCCUAUCUCUGGCAAGAGUGCAGUGCGCACUUUACGUUAUUCGUUACCAGCGUCUCUACACGAACAUAUCGAUACCGUUCAACCUACGACGUUCUUUAGCUCUAUGCAAGCGUUCAGGCAUACGCACACCCCCAUGACUCCUGCAGACUUUAUCCCACCUUUCGUACCCAUCUUCGGCUCGAGGAAUGCCUCGGUCAGCCAAGUCUGCACGAACUUGCAUGCCGUAACAAACGCUUGUCUUCGUACACUGUACGGCACGAUCGACUACGUACCCAAGACGAAAGGCAAAACGCUCAUCACCGUCUCCGGCUAUCUGAAUGAAACCGCGGUCUAUUCCGACUUCAAGCUCUUUGCUGCCAUGGAGCGACCCGAUGCGAUCAACUACAAGUACAGUUACACGCAGAUCAAUGGUGCCAUCAACCACCAAACGCUCUCUGCGUCUGAUGUAGCCAAUGAGAUCGACAUUGAGGCAAAUUUGGAUGUCCAAACAGUGGGCGGCUUCGUUUAUCCCAUCGGAUCGGAUUUCCUCAGUACUGGAGGGGCACCGCCAAGCAUACCCACUCUGGAGACGCCCGACAAUGGUAGCGAACCCUACCAGCAGCAGCUCGACUAUCUCUUGUCGCUCGACUCGAUUCCUCCGGUUUUGACUACCUCGUACGGCGAUGAGGAGCAAUCAGUACCUACUGCCUACCAAGAGAGGGUUUGCAACGGUUUCGCGCAACUCGGAGCGCGCGGCGUGACGGUCAUCUUCUCUAGCGGUGACUUCGGGGUGGGUAUCUCUGGCGACUGCUUCAAGGUGGGCACAAAGCAACCCGCAUUCCUUCCUACCUUCCCUGCGACUUGCCCAUAUGUCACCUCAGUCGGUGCUCUGCAAGGCUUGAAUCCCGAGGUCGCAACAGAUACUACACUGGGUGGCUUUGCGUCGGGUGGCGGCUUCAGUAACUAUUUCAGCACGCCAGCGUAUCAGAAAGUCGCAGUGCAAAGUUACUUAGCAGGCCACCAAGCUCAGAGCAAAGCCUACGCUGGACAGUUCAAUCCCAACGGUCGAGGUUUUCCGGACGUAUCAGCUCAAGGCAGCAAGUUUGCGAUCGUCUGGGAUGGAAAGAACAUCAGUGUCGGUGGAACGAGCGCCUCCGCUCCUACUGUUGCUGGCAUCAUCACCUUACUGAACGACAAUCUCAUCGCCAAUGGUCGUCCUACACUAGGCUUCUUCAAUCCAUUCCUUUACACAAUCGGGCAAGCAGGCUUCACGGAUGUCACAAGCGGCUCAUCGUUCGGCUGCAACACUACAGGCUUCGUGGCUUCCAAAUCUUGGGACCCUGUUACUGGAUUCGGAUCGCCUAAUUUCAAACAGCUACGGACUCUGUUGGGGUUGUUUUGA